UGAUUCAGACAAAGAGUUCCGACCAAGAAAAGUGCGGCGAAGACGUCUAUUGGGAACCACUUGGGUUGAUCGUAUCAACCGGCCAACAUUCGAGUGAAACUCGUCAGCCCGAAAAUGUUGACUAAGUACUUUUUACUUUGCUUUUUGGCUAUCGGCGUUUACGCUGGUGAGGAUGACGUCCUGGAGCUCGGGGAUGACGAUUUUACGAGUGAACUGGAUCGACAUGAGCACACACUUGUCAUGUUCUACGCACCCUGGUGUGGUCACUGCAAGAGGCUCAAGCCAGAGUACGCAAAGGCUGCGGAAGAACUCACGGGAAAUGAUCCUCCAAUAACUUUGGCCAAAGUGGACUGCACUGAAGCAGGUAAAGAAACUUGCACCAAGUACGGAGUCAGUGGCUACCCAACCUUGAAGAUCUUCUCGAAAUCAGAGAUGGUCAGUGAAUACAAUGGACCUAGGGAGGCUAGCGGUAUUGCCAAGUACAUGCGAUCUCAAGUCGGCCCAGCAUCGAAGGAACUGAAAGGUGAAAGCUGUAAAAAAGCCUUCCUGACUACCGAUGAAGUGUCAAUCAUUGGUUACUUCGAGAACGCCGAUUCUCCUCGCGCCAAGGCCUUCCACACAGUCGCAAAUAAGCUCCGCGAGAAGGCUCGCUUCGCUCAUACCUCUGAAAAAUCUCUCCUGAUAGAGGGUCUGACCAAUCACAUCGUUCUCUAUCGUCCAGCAGUUCUUCGCAAUAAAUUUGAAGACGACACCGUGAAGUACGAGGGUGCUGAUUCCGUUGCGGAUAUCACUAACUUUAUAAAGAACCACUACUUCGGUCUAGUUGGCAUACGCACCAGGGAGAAUGCUGACCAAUUCGAAAAUCCCCUUGUGGUCGCCUACUACGCGGUGGACUACGUUAAGAAUCCCAAGGGCACCAAUUACUGGAGAAAUAGAGUAAUCAAAGUAGGAAGGGACUACUUGGAUGUCACAUUCGCCAUUUCAAAUAAAGACGACUUCCAGCACGAAUUGAAUGACUUUGGAAUUGAUUUUGUGAAGGGAGACAAACCCGUUGUUCUGGCACGCAACACUAAGAAUCAGAAAUUCGUCCUCCAGAAAGAAUUCUCCGUUGAAACUUUAGAACAAUUUGUCAAGGACUUCCUAGAUGAAAAAUUAGAGCCUUUCCUCAAGUCUGAGCCCAUCCCAGAGGAUAACUCUGGCAGCGUUAAAGUUGCAGUUGGCAAAAACUUUGAGGAACUUAUCUCAAAUGCUGAAUCUGAUGUACUCAUCGAGUUCUAUGCCCCGUGGUGUGGACACUGCAAGAAAUUGGCACCUGUCUUCGAUGAACUUGGUGACAAACUCGCCAAAGAGGACGUGAUAAUUGCCAAGAUGGACGCAACAGCUAAUGACGUGCCGUCAACGUUCGAAGUUCGAGGCUUCCCAACACUCUAUUGGAUCCCCAAGAACGCGAAAGACUCACCAGUUAAGUACGAAGGUGGCAGGGAGCUCGAGGACUUCGUCAAGUACAUCGCCAAACAUGCGACCGAACCUCUCAAGGGUUAUGACCGCAAGGGAAAAUCUGUCAAGGCCCCAAGUGACGAGUUGUAAAAAUCAUCGUCUUUCCUUAGGUUUUUCAUAUUUUUUUAUUUUACUGUUGAUUUCCGGAAGUUAAUUUGUAACUGAACGAAUGCCAAGUUUCAUUGCCUUCUGAGUGAAUUUUCACUCCACUUCAAUCGCCAACUUCCAUUUCAGUGAUUAGACGAUUUGUAAUUGAUGUUGUCUUAUUGAAGCCAUCAAACAAUACAAGACAAUUGAGAUUUAUAAUUAUGGUUGUGCGAGGAGUUCGAGUACUCAGUUAUGGAGAAUUAUGUUUCAUUCCGGUAUCCAUUUGUCGAUUUAAUUAAGGAUAGAUUUAACGUGGUAUGAGAAUUUUGUCUGUACGGAGAUGAAUAAAUGAAGCAGAAAUGUUUUUUUA